GUGGAGAGCUUGGAAUGAUCGCAUCUGCGAUGACACCAGAAGCUCACCACGGCCUUCUAUCGCAUUUUCUGCAUGCAGCAGGUGGAAUCACUGGUGCCAAGGCCACUAGCCUUGCUCCGUUUGGACACCGCAUCAGUCGCAUUGCGGUGCGCCAACCCACGCAAACGCAGCAGUCCAAGUUUGCAGACGCCGAGGCGAUUGCAGCAUCUCGACAGUGCCAACCUGAGCAUCAGCCGCACCUGACCGAUCACCAACGCGCAACACUGUUGCGGGUCACAACGGGUAACCACUACGGGCUCCUCGACACCCCAAACACCCACUGGCUGCGCCAACACCCCGAACACCCCCAGGUCCGAACGCAGCGCGUCUUCCACGGCGUCCGCUCCUUUGAUGCGUUGGAGAGCAUUCUUUGCAACGGUUUCGCCAAGUUGCACAAAACAGACCCAGGCUGGCAUGGUGCCGGCUUCUACUUCACACCAGACCUGGACUAUUCAUGCGCGUAUUCACAACCAUGUAGCGGCAAACACAUACCCGAAGCCCUGCACUGCCUCAACUUGGAUCCAAACAAGAGCUAUUCCAUCGUGCUGGCAUGUGAUGUCGUCUACAGCAACCCCUAUCCAGUCGUGGACGAGCGGCACAGAGGAGAGUCGCUGCAACAAGGGCAUGAUGCGCACGUGGCGGUUGUGGACUUCAGCAGACGUGACAUUUCGAGUGCCAGCCCCUUUGCUUCCCACGAGGAGUGGGAUCACCCGGGCAACACUGCCGUGGCAGAGAUUGUCUUGAACGAUGCCAGCUGCGCCCGUGUCAUUGGGCUUCUUGUGUUUGAAGCACAACUGCGGCGUGACGUCGUUGUCUGCCAUGGCGGCUUGAUGGUCACUCUUCGAGAGUACCUGAGCCCGGCCGUCAAAAUGGCUAGCUUCACGGGCAGCCUCAACAGCCUUGAUCGCUCUGGAAAACACCUCCUGAUGGAGAGCAUUACAAGAUCACUUGUUGCUUGCCCAGUGUUGAGUGCACCAGCUCUCGCCCACCUGGGGGCAUUUGAUCACGAGAACACCUGCCACGCUGUGCUCCUGAUGUGGAUGUUGAUGCUUGAGCUGUAUGAGCGUCGGCGGAACCAGCCAGAGCUCAUCCGCCUUCGCUGCAUCGUGCCAUUCCUCCUUGGCAGCUCCUGGGACGUGUACCCUGAGAGCAACAUGAGCAGGGAAACAGCUCGUGAGUACGACUCAGUUGACGCGAUGCGGAGGCUGGCAGCAGUGGCUCUGCCAAGCGUGGUGAGCAAGAAAACGGCUGAGGUGCUGGACGAGUUCAUCACAAAAGUGCUUCACUUGCCCGCACCAGAGCAGCACAAGACCGUGCAAGGAGUAGUGCAGGCGAUCUUGCACUCUGAUCGCCUCGUUGAAGACUUUGCCCAUCACCACGAGACCAGAAGAGAACAGUUGAUGUACCUGACACGCAUGCUUGAAGCGGAGGUCCACAGGGUGAACGCAGGCAUCGAGAACGAACAAGCCAAGCUCCGCAACCAAGUCAAGGCCCAGCUUGUGCGUCGAACCAUGUCGGAAGAGGAAGAGGAAGGCAAUGCGUCCGGGAGCUCUGGAAGUGGGAGCUCUGGAAAUGGAUCCGCUGCUGCGGGCAGCGUCAGCUCUGUGGUGGCUCAAGAAGACGACAGCGAUGAUGAUGAUGAUGAUGAUGAUGAUGACGACGACGACGAAGAAGAAGAAGCAGAAGACGACGACGACGACGAUGCUGGCAACAACAGUGGCGUAUUCGAGGAUGAAAGAGUGCGUGUGUAUGUCAACAUGAAUGAGGGUGAUGUGGAUCCCAGCUACCCAACUGCAGGGGUUUCUCGCUUUCCAUACUGCCGUCCACACCCUGACCUUCGCGACUGGCUGCAGAGCAAAGGGCUUCAAGAAUUGACCUCGGCCUUGGCAUCCCUGGGGAUCGUUGAACUCGUGGAUCUGCUGGAGCUGGUCCGUGACAACGAGCUGUCAGUCACUCGACUGGAAGCGCGCAACGUCCAAAUCGGGACCGCCAACAAGCUGCUGCGAGAGGCCCGAGGGACACUGGCCAAAGAGACUGCGACGCUCUCGAUGCCGUGGUAUUCAAUCCUCUCGUCUCCACUCAUCGUAGCUGGGGCUGGAGCAGUUGGUGCUCUGCUUGCGGCCUUGCUGAUCAGCUUCCUGUCAUGACUGACAUCCAGCCCACGAGUUGCCCACACGCCGAUGUGCUCAUUGCACGGCUGGAUACCUGCUGCCGCCUUUGUCAUCAACAGGAUCUUACGCUGCUGCUCGUCCGUGCGACAUGCUUUCUGCUUUCUUUCACCUUAC